AUGACUUUCGGAGUCAGAUUAGUUUUUUUCUUACAGGCUUUUUGUCUUCUUACGAUCCACACGCACGGACAAAAGAAAGAGGAUGCCACUGCAGAGGAAGUUAAAAUAGAAGUUUUACAUGUGCCCAAAGAAUGCAAGCCAAAGAGCAAGAAGGGGGAUCUGCUUAAUGCACAUUAUGAUGGCUACCUGGCCGGUGAUGGAUCCAAGUUUUAUUGCAGUCGAACACAAAAUGAAGGUCACCCAAAGUGGUUUGUUCUGGGUGUUGGCCAAGUCAUAAAAGGAUUAGAUAUUGCUAUGAUGAAUAUGUGUCCUGGAGAAAAACGGAAAGUGACAAUUCCACCAUCAUUAGCGUAUGGAAAGGAAGGCUAUGCACAAGGCAAGAUUCCACCUAAUGCAACAUUGAUCUUUGAGAUUGAACUGUAUGCAGUGACUAAAGGACCACGUAGUGUUGAAGCAUUUACUCAAAUAGACAUGGACAGUGACAAGAAACUCUCUCGAGAUGAGCUAAGCCAUUAUUUGAAACAGGAAUUUGAAAGAGAUGGUAAAAAACGUGAUGCAUCAGUUCACGGUUCUAUUUUAGCUGAUAUAUUUAAGAGGAAUGACCAUGACGGAGAUGGCUUCAUAUCUGCAAAGGAGUACAAUGUCUAUCAGCAUGAUGAACUAUAGCAAAUUAUUUCUAAAAUCUCCUGACUGCUUUCUCUACCCUAGAUUUAAAGAAUCUCUAAAAAGAACUUUCAUUUUGUCACAUGAUGUUUUACAUUUUUUUUGUAAUGGUAAAUUUUUAUACCUUUUAAGAUGAGUGUUAAAAAUCUUUCCAGUAACAUUUCAGUUACUAAUAUUUUACAAAAGAAAUAAAAUUAUAAAAAGUCA